AUGAAACUCAUUACGUCCUUCGCGCCAGUCUUCUUCUUCGGCAGUGUAAUAGCAGCAGCCUCCAUCUCACCACCACCUCCAUAUGGAAACCAGACAACACCCCCUUGCAUCUUCGCCGGCUCCUCGGGCUUCGACCUCCUCCAGGUCGCCAAACGCAACAGCUCCUGCCAACACCUCGUCCUCUCCAACCUCCUCGUCCCCGCCGGCGUCACUCUCAAUCUAGACAAGCUCAAACCAGGCAGUACAGUAACCUUCGUCGGCAAAACCACCUUCCCUUUCCUUUCCACGGGCUUCUCCGGCCCCCUCCUCUCCAUUUCCUCCUCCUCCAAUCUCACCAUCCGCGGCCUCCCUUUCUCCUCACUGCACGGCAGCGGCGAACUGUACUGGGACGGGCUAGGACAAAACGGCCCCAUUGCGAAACCGAAGUUUUUCCAGGUUCACAAAUUGGUAAACUCGGUGAUUGAGGGGAUCACGAUCGUGAACGCACCUGUUCAUGUCUUCAGUAUCAACCAGUGCAAAAAUUUGACUGUGAAAGGGGUGACAAUUGAUAACAAGGCGGGAGAUAUGGAGUGGAAUGCUGGCAAGGGCGGAAGAAAUACGGACGCGUUUGAUAUCGGGGCCAGUAGUGAGGUGGUGAUUGAGGGUGCGAGGGUGUGGAAUCAGGAUGAUUGUGUUGCUGUUAAUUCGGGGACAAACAUCACCUUCCGCAACGGUCUCUGCUCAGGAGGCCACGGUUUAUCCAUUGGUUCCGUUGGCGGAAGAAGCGAUAACACUGUCCAGAACGUGCUGUUCGAGAACUCGGUGAUUGCGAAUUCAGAGAACGACUCUGAUGCCACCCCCCCUAUUUCGAUUACCACCUCAGGCGCCCGAAUCAAAACUAAACACUCAACCACCGGUCUCGUCUCCAACAUCACGUACCGCAACGUCGUGCUGCAAAAUAUAACCAAGUACGGCAUCGUGGUCGACCAAUCCUACAGUCCUCCGACCAAGAAUGCGCCGCCAACUAACGGUGUGUUUAUCACGGGGUUCACACUUGUCAACGUGACGGGCAAUUUGCUGCCGACUGGCACGAAUAUCUUUGUGAACUGUGGUGAUGGUUCUUGUAAGGAAUGGGAAUGGAAAGGGGUUGAUGUUAAAGGUGGGAAGAAGAGCUCCAAGUGCUUGAGGGUUCCGUCGGGUUCGUGGUGUUAG